CUGAAACACACCAUCUUUAACUUUGGUGCUCAGCUCUCGAACAUGGCUGGUAACCGCUGCCACCUAGAGGAAAGUUUGGGUCAUAAUAAUAACAGAUUAAAUAAAUUGUAUUAAUCAGUAUUGUGUGUCAACAGUGAAUGAAACAAAAUUAACCCUGAACAAAUUAGUAAAGAAUCUUUGAUUUGCUAUUGUGCUUAGCAUACAUUUUAUUAUACACAAUUAUUUUCUAAUAUACAAGAACGUAACACACAACGAAUUUACCUGUUCUGCGAGGCUAUUCAGCAGGUUUACAGUCUCGGGCAAAUCCUUAUCAAUCAAGUCCUGCAAGAAAAUUGAGUGGUUAUAUUACAAACGAGGGUGAAAAGUCGUCAAAAUGCACAAGUUGUGAAAAUGGUCAAAUGUGUGUGGCUAACUGGCUAGCCAUCGUCAUUUUGACAACACGCAUUUCCUUAUUUUGAUUUUACGCAUUAAGUAAUUCCUCAUCGGCUACUUUCAAUCACAAUUAUGAAUGGGACAGACACACAAAAAUGUAAACAAAUAAAAAGUCAAAUAAAGCUAGCACAGGCUCACUCACGUUGUCGACGGUGGAAGCCAUUUUGGCAUUGCUAAAUAAUACGGAAGUCGCAGUGGGACAAAAUAGGUCUAAACGAUUUCUUUCUGUCACACAAGGAAAAAAACCAUUAAGCCCUAAACUGCUCAGUCUACAGAAUGAGUAAAAAAAUAUAUUUUGAAUUAAAUAUGUAUCAAAUAUAAAUUAUUCCAAGUAAUCUCAUGUUGACAGCUUUUUUACUAGUGUCCUUUGUGAACCAAUAUUUAACAUCAUACUCUGUGUGUAUGUGCGUGUUGGUGUGUGAGAGAGUGACUGCGUGAGAGAGUGAGAGAGAGAUGUGGUAUUGGUGUGGAGGGGGCGUGGGGUACAUAUUUGGGGAAUCGUUUUUUUUCUCCCCCUCAGACCAUUUAGCAUCAAACUGUCAACCUGUAUGACAACCUGACAGCAUUAUCUGAGAGUCUGAGGAGAAAGUCGUCAUGGAGUGGAUGACUCCAUAUCAGAAUCAAGCCCACGUGACAUUGAACCCAACAUCUUCAAGCCCUGCCGGCUCAUCCAAUUUGGUUUCAAUGGACAUGAUAACAUACAGCCAGUCGCAAGGAUUGAGGGGGAGCAGUGAGGACCGAAUAGACGAGCAGAUGAUGGGACUGUCGUACCUGCCGUACGCGUCCUCUUGUCUCAGCGGCGCCGCAAGUUCUGGGAACCACCAUCAGAACCACGGCAACAAUUUGCAGGAGUUCUCUCCUCCUUUCAUCUUGCCAACCAUGCGUGCGCCGGUGGCCAAGAGGAGCAUCAGCAAGGACAGCGCAGAGUAUCGGCUGCGACGCGAGAGGAACAACAUCGCCGUGCGGAAGAGUCGAGACAAAGCGCGCAGGAGGAUCCUGAUGACACAACAGAGGGCCCUGCAGCUGCAAGAGGAGAACCAGAAGCUGCAGAUGAAGAUCGGACAGCUCUCACAGGAGCUGGACACUCUCCGACAUAUCCUGUCUCAGCAGCACCUGCCGGGAAGUGACGAGGGGGCCGCGGGGGUCACCGCCGUCUGAGCAGAGAACAAUCAGUUGGUUAGGUUCAGUGCUCAACACGCUUAUUAGAUCACCUGUCAUAAAAAUGAGAACAUGCGGCAGCAUCAUGAAGUGCUUCAAAAACGAUUCAUGGUGGUCUAAUAAUUUUGUUAAGCACUUGCACAAUUCAAGGAGAACCACUACAAGAACUAUAUCCCAAUUGUGCAAAGAUACUGAUGCUCAGUUUGACUCGAACUGAAAAAAAAAGGCAUUUACAAUCUCUUUAUUACUUUGGGGCUAGUAGACUGUACGAUCAGGUGUUCCCAAUAUUUUGGUGCCCUUAUCUUAUGCGAGAAGGUCAAAAUAUUCAAAUCACUUAUUUGUGUGAUGUCGCUCAACCACUGCAGCCUGUUACAUCAAAACAGAGCAUUAUCAUAGUUUCUAGUGAGGAUAAGUGCUACAGAGAAUAAAUGGAAGCAGGGAUAUUCAUGUUCUGUCUUGAGCUGCGGAGGUGUUUGUAAAAUAAUGAAUAAAUAUGGUUAACAAAA